AUAAAAUCCGCGAUCGUAUCCUGCUGCUAGGAGAACGGUAAUAACUUUACCGUCGUGGCUAAGAACUGUUCUUCGCGGUGAAGAAUUGGACAAAACAAGACACUGACUGGCUGAACUUCCCUGCUACCUUGCCGUACUCAUCCCAUUCUCCAGACAGACAGUGGGGCAGGAUGCUGGGUCUGUGGUGCAUGAGUGCCCAACUGGGCCUUCUCACUCUGGUGCUGUGCUGCACACUGGCUCCCUUACCUGCACAUGCAUACAUCUAUGCUCAUUACAGCAAUAUGACUAACAUGUUGUUUGAGGACCUGUCUGCCUUGUUUGGAUCAUCACUACCCAAAGAGGGACUUAUGGGUGUGUUAGUAGAGUCCCAUCCACUCAACGGCUGCACUCCGAUAAAACCUCCACCACCACGGCCCACAUCUAGUGAUUUCAACACUACCACUACUAAGUACAUAGUCCUCAUCCAACGCUAUGACUGCAAUUUUGAUAUCAAGGUACUGCAUGCACAGCAAGCGGGAUUCAGUGCAGCCAUCGUUCACAACAUGUACUCAGAGACUCUACUCAACAUGAACUACAGCAAUGAAACCAUUGCAGAGGAGAUUGAGAUCCCCUCAGUAUUCACCAGCUACUACGCCUCCCAAAUUCUCAGGACCUUCAUCAUUCCUGAACAAGGGGCCUAUGUGAUCCUCAAGCCGGAAUUUGCCUUUCCACUCUCGUAUUAUCUCAUCCCCUUCACCGGAGUGGUGGGCAUGAUCGUCCUUGUGACGGUUGUCUUCCUGAUUGUGCGCUGUGUGCAGUACAGGAAAAGGAUGAGGAAAAAUAGGCUGACCAGGGAACAACUAAAGAGGAUCCCCAUUCACAAGUUUACUAAAGGUGAUGAAUAUGAUGUUUGUGCUAUUUGUCUGGAUGAGUAUGAAGAGGGAGACAAACUGCGAGUUUUGCCUUGCUCACACGCGUACCACAGCAAGUGUGUGGACCCCUGGCUUACAGGGACUAAGAAAACUUGCCCCGUGUGCAAACAACGUGUAACCCGGCCCAAUCCGGAGUACUCUGAGUCCGAGUCUGAGAAUGAGAGAGCACGUGGUGGAGACGAAGAGGGGGGGGAGGGCGAAGCUGACACCGAGCGCACCCCUCUCCUCCGCCCCUCCAACCCAGGCUUCCCCUCUGGCAAUCCAGGGGCCUAUUCUGCCACUAUCACCACAGUAACCACAGCGCAGUGCCUAGCCUCUCCCACUCACUGCGACUCGCCCAUCCUGGAGUAUAAGGGCUACUACUCCCCUCAGGAGGUGUCAGACUCUGAUACUGAGGAGGGAGGGGUAGACUCCCACCCCUCAGAGGAUGACACUGCCCAGCUCAUUGGUAGGGGCACAGUGGGUGUCUGAGAGCCUGGAGGUAGAUGAGAUGAAAUUACUUUCUGCCAGCUGAAAAGGGUCAGUCUUGUCCCCCAGUGUGGUUUUAUCACACGAAAAAGAUUAACUGGUUUAUGGAGCUUUGGCUAUGAAGUUGUCUCAGUCAUAGACUUUCUAGAACACUAUUGUCACUCAAUGUUGCUAGCUCUAAGAUGGUAAUAUAAAGCCAAGAUUCUGCUAGAUUUUAGCAGUCCUUUUUAAACCUGUCUUAAACAUGAGGCACACAUUAAGUACAGUGAAUCAGUUAAACAUUUUGCUUUAAGUCUUAAGCCAGUGCACUCUAACCCCCCACCCCCCUCCUAAACUUUAUAUUUUCACAAAAUUAUGUGACUGCCAGGUAGUCUCAAACUUAAAAGGUAAUUUCUAUAUUUUUCAACUUCAUAUUCUUAAUCUCAAGCACCACCCCAACAUCAACAUAUGUGAAAAUAGUGCGUUUCUAUGUUUUGUAGUAAAAAAAAAAAAAAUCAAUGACAUCAUCGGUGUUUAUUGUGUGAUUUUAACCAAUUAUGAGUAAGCAUUGCCUACUAAUUGUCUACUAAUUGGUUGAUGAUGUCAUUGGAAACGCUUAUCUUCCUAUAUCUUUUUUACUACAAAACAUAGAAACGUGCCAUUUUCACAUACUGCAUGUUGAUGUUGGGGUGGUGCCGGAGAUUAUAAAUAUAACGUUGAAACAUUUCGACAUUUCUCUUUAACUAGGUAUUUGGUUGAAGAAAUCCUGUCAAUGCACUACUUGACAAUUGACAUACCCUAAAUUAUUAUUUUCAAUUAACAUACCAGGAGAUAACCCACCUGAGAUGACUGUGUAAAAUCAACGUAGCAUGAUUUUUUUUGGUAGUGAUUGAAUAGAGACACAACUCAUUCACCAGAAAGGAAACUACAGUGCUGCUGUCUCACAAAUAACAUAUCUUCCCCAUGCUAGUAGUAUACUGUAACCUGUAUGCAUCUCUGUAACUGGUUUCUUUAAUGAUAUUGUCGGUAAGUGGGAGUAUAAUUUACUCUAUGGUGAGUUUCAUUCACUGUAUUCUGGAGUUUUUUUUCUCUCUGAUGGAUCUGUUGGACAGUUCAUUUGCCCUGGACCAGUAAUCAUGGCAUGUCAAAGGAGAAUAUAUAUAUUGUAAACUUCACUGUGAUACGUUUUUAUUGUCCAGCAUCGUUUCUUUUAACUACUUUUACUCAUUUUAAAAGGUCUGAAUUUGUGCAGUGUAAUUUUAUUUCAACUUCUUCUAUAAAAAAAAGCUUAAUGAUGUUGUAAUA